UUGCUCAUCUUAGACUUUAUAAAGAAAAAAAAUAUCCAUAUGAUCAACCAUAUGCUCAAGGCUAUGAUAUUCCUAUAAUUUGGUGGAAUUCAAUUGAACCAGAACCUAAAUAUCUUCAAGAAUUAGCAUUAAAAAUUUUAGCAAUUGUUCCAAAUAGUGUUUCAUGUGAAAGAAAUUUUUCUUUACUUAUUUGGCUAACUGGAAACAAACGAACACAAAUAGAUAUUCAAAAUUUAGAAACAAUUGCAAAAUUAUGUACAUAUUAUAAUUCUAAUGCAAAAAAAGAACUUUCUUAUUUUGCAAAUGAAAUGACUGAAGAUGAAAUUAGAAAAGAAGGAUUUGAUAAAAAUGAAUUAUUAUUAUUUAAUAAUUUAGAUUUUAGUGAAUCUUAUAUGACUAGAGAAAAUUUAGUUUUAUUUUUAGAAGAAAAUUUAGACUUAAAUAAUGAAAUUUUUAUUGAUGAUUUAGAAAAUUUUCCUGAUAUUGAAGAUAAUGAUGAAGAUUCAUUAUUAGAAACUAAUGAAGUUUUAGAAAAUAUUGAACAAACUAAUCAAAUUUCAGGACAUGAUGAUUAUAAUUGGGAUUCUGAAGAUUAUUUAAAUUCAGAUAAUGAUUAA